GGAGUGUCGUUGCUAUUGCGAGUUAGAAUCCGCGAAUAUUUUUAAUUUGAUCAGUGAGUUUUGAUGUGUAAACGUAUUCGAAUUAGAUAAUAGCGCAUGAGUUCGAUGAAUGACGAUAAAAAUGAAAAAAUCUUCUAACCUUCUUCUUUUUGUUUUUUUCUUUCAAACUCAGUUCUAAAGUCAAAGAACUCGGAAGUAAAUUAAAGGGGUCCGAAUGUGAGCUUCUAACUAGUGACGUCAGGCGCAUAAUUAUACUCUUAAAUGCUCACUUGCAAAAUGGCGAACAAGUGAGGUGAAGGCUUAAAAACAUGAGGUAAACAUUGUCUGGUUUCUUGAAUACUGUAGUGAUUUUAAUAAAAUAAACGUUAAAUUGUUUUUUCUGAAGAUAUUAUGAAUCGAUUUAGGUCAACUUGAUUUUUCUCGGGAGCUUGUUUGUGGAAUACAACAGUAACGUUUGAAAAAAGUAUGAAGCAGAUGUCUGGCUGUGACAGAAAAUAUGGCAGACAGUCUGAUGUAGUUGUGCGAAGUGAGCUAGAUAGUCUGCAAAGAAAAUGUUUCCAUUCAAUUCCUGAUCAAACAGGUGCUGCAUCAAUAAAUCUUGUAGAAGGCAGCUUUGGAAGUCAGGUUAGCAGUUUAUCAACUAAUGAAGAUCCAAGAUUUAGCUUCAAUAAAAAGAUAUCCUUAAUGGAUCUACCCCACCCAUCAAAACUGCAAGCACAGGCACAUGAAUCACGGAAACACCCUCAAAAGAAGUACUCAGUAGUGGAAAGUUAUUUGCAGCAGCUGAAAAGGAAACAAAGUGAAUUUAACUGGAUUUCUGAAGAUGAAGGCUGCAACAAAGAAAAUAUUCCACAGAAUCAAUCUGGUUGUAGUUAUAUUGAGCAAGAUCCUUUUCAUGCUGUCUUGUUACCGUUUGGUGCCCUGCCAGCCAUUAGAAGUUCAACCGUUGAACGGUCAUCCGUCGUAUUGAAAGAUGUUAAACAUUUUUGUUGCAGUAAUGCCCAAACAAGUGAGGUUUUUUCAUCAAUUGUUUCUAAGGCUGGUGUUUCAACGCAGAAAAAAAGAUACUCAAAAUCACUAACCACAGACAAGGAUAGUGUAUCCUUCAGAGAAAGGUCAUCACUAACAAAAUGUCCAAUACACAUAGAGCGAUCACCACGGAGAGAGCGAUCACCCCGCAUGUGCAAUGCAAUCACACAACCAUCCAACACUAAUGAAGAAUGUUUAUGCCGUCUAACACAACAAAAAUCAUACUAUUCCAGCUCGUCGCUACCUACAGAUCUGCAGUAUCUGGGCGAUGUAGUGUCAUCUAUACAUGCGAGACAACAGUACUUGCGUCACACUGAAGAAUGACAGUUCUGUCAGCGUUCGUUUACCGCCGUGACAAGAUUUUUGCCAAUUUUUGUAAUAUUCAUCGCUGACGUGUUCAUCAAAGAUUCUAUUUUGUUGGC